AUGUCGACCUCGGCCAUUGAGGCGAGUGUAUCUAGUGACUUGUCGGAGGUGAGGGGGAACAAGAGCACGUUGCCAGAUAUAGAUAGCAUCUUAGAGAGACUGGAAAGAGAAGAAGAGAUCGACCAGCAUAGGUCCGCACUCGCGGGAGCUGAAGACGAAACAUUGGGAUUGAAGGGCAAAGAUGCAGGGGGAAGCAAAAAGGAGGACGAACAAGCCAAGUAUCCGAUGAAUCAUGUCGCCUCAAUCAACUCGCUUGGAGAUCCUGAAGAUCCUGUCGACAUGAUCGCGUCCAGAUUCGCCUACUCGGAACAGAUUCGUGGAAAGAAGCUGAUAGACAGCGUCAAGGUUCAGGCGGAGGAGCUGAUGGAAGGGCACUGA